AAUGAAGGACUGAAAAGUUCUUUCAAUUCUCUCCCUUCUCUCUGCUCACCUCACCGUUCGAGAGAGAGAGAGAGAGAGAGCUCACCUGUCAAAUCCAGCAAAUUCUCACGGCCAGAUUCCUGAAUCAGGGUUCGAUCCUUCAAACUAAGAUCGUCCAUUCUUUUCAUUUACCUCCUCAAUCAGCUCCAAGUCCUGUAAUCGAAUGGGUUGAGCUUCAGUUGGUUGAUUGAGAUAUUAGAAAGGAAGUACCAACACUUUUUUAGGUUUUAGGUUUUCUGGGUUGCCUGUAAGUAAUCGAAUGUUCCUGUUGCGCGAAACGUGGAAAUUUGAAGAGUUGAGAGGCAGUUAGAGAAGGGCGAUGGAGCUGAAAGGAAAAUUCAUGACGCAGUUUAAAGUACGGCAGCAGCCCCCUGAAUUGACAGCUUGGGUGCUCGGAAAGCGCGCCAAACGCCAAUCUCUGGUCGUGCUCAGCGUCUUUAGGGAGACAUAUCCUGUUUCACAUUCUAAGUGGAAAACUCUUGAAGUCCAUUGUGAUAAUGGCCAAAGUAUCUGGCAGUCAGCUGUUUCAAGGAGUGAUAAUUCAAAGUUAGCAGAACUCUCUUUUAAUCGGCUACAGCUGAGUGACCAGGAAUAUAAAGGCUUGCAAAAGCGAUAUUUUGGCCGAUUUGUUGCCCGUGAAGCUGUGCUUGAUGAAGAAUAUUGGACAGCAGCAUGGCUGCGAGCAGAAGCGCACUGGGAAUCCAUGUUGUACAUGAGGCAUGUUGACAGCUAUAAAAGAAAGUAUGCUGAACAGCAGGAGUUCUAUGCUUUGAAGCGACGGUGUACUGGGAGGGACGGAAAUUCAUUGAAGUGCUUCUGUUUUGUUGCUGUUAAGAAAGAAGAUAAAAGCAGAAGAAGAACUGUCCUAAACAGUGUUGUGGGAACUCUGGACCUUAGCAUCCGACAGUUCUUGCAAGGAGAAACAUACCCCGGGGAAGUAAAACGAUUGUCUGCAACCUUGGCAAGUCAUGGGCCCUUUGAUGCACAUAAAUAUGCUUAUGUUGCAAAUGCUUGUGUUUCAAAGUUUGCUCGGCGGCAGGGAGUGGCUUCAAAUAUGUUAUAUUUGGCUGCUGAUUUUGCCACCAUGGCAGGUAUGAAUCAAUUAUUUGUUCAUGUAAAUGCAGACAACAAGCCUGCCCAGGAAUUGUACAAAAAGACUGGCUUUAAGAUUGUCGAAGUUGCUUCAUCUCCUCUGUCGAAAGAUCAGAGGCUACUGAUGUCAAUGGAGUUGUAAGCUUUGUGGUAUAAUGCUAGUUCACAUUCAAUGUGAAGAAUACAUCAGGUUUACAGUUUGUACUUGUAUAGAUAUAUAGAUAUAUAUAGGCGUAUACUGAUAUCCCCUCGUCUCUUGCGUGUGCGCUAUGUUUGAUUGGGUUUAGGAUACGAAACAUUGUAAAUUAACACUCACCUAAUGUGUAUGUCCCCCUCAGAGCUUUGAGUUUGAGUGUAAGCUCGCAAGGUUAAGGCAACUUUGCUAGAUCUUGUUUAGGUAUACAUCCAGGGGGUAAAGUAUUUGUUGUAAUAUAUUGUGUGAUAUCACCAACUAAUUAUAUCAUAACUGAUGUAUUAUUCUUUGGACCAUGUAUUUAUUAUCUUUAGUGUAAGAACUAAAUUGUCCUAGACAAUCUACUGUAUGAAAAAUGAUUACAUGGUAUAGUUUGGAUACCAAAUUUCUUAGUGAUUCCUUA